GGAGGCGGCCUGUGAGAUAGUAGGGAAUCGACCGCCACAACAUCUUUGGACGGGGCACGAACAGUUUCGACUUGGUUUCCUCACUUCAGGCGUUAUGUUAAACAGGUGAACUUCCUCUGCAAACCAGCCUCUCGCUCUCAUUUAGUCCUUAUUGCCACCCGCUGCUGAUGUCCUCAUCACCGGCGAAGCCCUGUCCCCAGUCUGGACUUUCAAAAGCGCUGGACUCUCUAUCCAUGUCUUCCCUUCUAUCUGGGGAGUUAGAGGAGGACGGGGUAGAAGGACAAGAUGGGGGCCAGGACGAGGAUAGUCUUCGAGACCUUGAAGUGAACCCAUAUGAUGGGCUGCCUUUUUCUUCCCGCUACUACACCUUACUGCAAGAGAGGCAACAACUUCCCAUAUGGACGUUAAGGCCCAAUCUACUGGAGCACCUGGAGAGUCACAACAUGGUGCUGCUCAGUGCACCCAGCGGUGUAGGAAAAAGCACCCAGGUGCCACAGUGGUGUGUGGAAUAUGCUAUGUCCUACGAAUUCUCUCAGGGCACGGUGUGUUGUUCCCAGCCUUACUCGGUGGCGGCCGUCAGUCUGGCCCUUCGUGUGGCCGAUGAGAUGGACCUCAGCUUGGGUCUGGAGGUGGGCUACGGGGUGGCUCAUGAUGACAGUUGCACGCCAGAUACCUUGCUCAGGUUUGUCAGUGACACUCUUCUAUUGGAGGAAAUGAUGUCGGAUCCCUUGCUGCAUCAAUAUGGCCUUGUGGUUUUGGACGAGCUCCAGGAGCGCACCGUGGCAACGGACGUGCUCCUUGGCCUGCUGUGCGACGUCUGCCGCCAGAGGCCGGAUAACUUCCGCGUGGUUCUUCUGAGCCACCCGAGUCUCGCCCCUCGGCUCGCCUCCUUCCUGGGACCCUCCGUCCCUCAUCUCCACAUGGACAACCUUUCUUCUGAGGCACCUUCAAGCGGAGAAGAAAAAGAAGGCCUGGUCGAAGAGGAGAGGAACUCUAUGAACCGGAACAGGGUGGAGACCAUGUAUCGGGAGCUUUCACCUGGGAAGGAUGCUGUGGGCGCUGCCUGUCACAUGGUUCUCGAUCUUCACCGUAGGGGAGAGGAGGGCGAUAUGAUGGUCUUUCUUGCUAGUGCACAGGAAAUAGAGGAGUGCGCUACACAGCUCGAGGCGGAGCGUGUGUCCCUGAGUCCUCAACUUGGUUCUCUCAAGAUCCUUCCCCUCCACGCUGGACUGGGUGGGCUGACUCAACGAGUGUACAACACAGACAUGUCGGCUCACAAGGAGAAUGACGGGUCAGAGGGAAAGGACGGCACAACACUGGGUGUGGAAGAUCCGGCCAUCCAGAGGAAAGUCAUCCUGACUAAUAGCCUGGCUGAGGCUUCGUUCUCCCUGCCAGACAUCCGCUAUGUCAUAGACACGGGCCUUCAACUCAAAACUGUUUACAAUCCUCAAAUAAGAGCAAACUCGCAGAUGCUGAAGACAAUCAGCAAGACCCAGGCGGACAUGCGAGCUCAAAGAGUGAAUAGCAACCUUCCCGGGCUGUGUUUGCGCCUUUAUCCCCAGUCCGUGUAUGAUCACGGCAUGGGCGAAGCGCAUUGUCCAGGGGUCAUGGAGGAAAAUCUCAGCCAUUUAGUCUUGCUGCUCAAGAGACUGGACAUUGCCGACAUGGGUCAAUGCAAAUUCUUAGACAGACCAGCCCCAGAGGCUUUAAUGCAGGCCUUGGAGGACUUGGACUACCUAGCAGCACUGGAUGACGAUGGCAACCUAUCAGAAGUGGGCAUCAUCAUGUCAGAACUGCCACUGGAGCCACAUUUGGCGAAAGCCCUGAUCGCAGCCUGCGAGUUUGACUGUGUGGAUGAGCUACUCACAAUAGCUGCCAUGCUGACGGCUCCUUCCUGCUUCAUGAGGCCAGAUUCUGGCAGAGAGGAGGCUGCUAUUGCUCACUGGCGACCUCUAAUGCAUGCAGAAGGCGACCACAUGUCUCUCAUUCACAUUUACAACGCCUACGUGGAAAAUAAUCAGGAUGAGGCAUGGUGCACCACACACUUCCUGAACCACGCGGCCUUGCGGGUGGCUGUGGUGAUCAGGGCCGAGCUGCUGGAGGUCAUGCGGCGAAUUGAACUUCCUGUGUCACACCCUGCUUUUGGUUGCCAAGACAACUGCACAAAUAUCAAGAGGGCUCUCAUCUCCGGCCUCUUCCUUAAAGUGGCUCAUGAUGUAGACGGCUCCGGUAACUACCUCCUGUUAACUCACCGCCACGUGGCUCACUUGCACCCGCUGUCCUCGUACCUGUGUCGUCAGCCCCGUCCCGCCCCCCCUACCUGGGUCCUCUACCACGAAUUCACUAUCUCCUGUGACAACUGCAUACGCAUCGUAUCUGAGGUCCACCCACAGAUGCUUGUGGAGCUCACGCCGCAGUACUUCCUGGGCAACCUGCCCUCGAGCGAUGGCAAGGAACUGCUCGUGAAGCUGAGGCAGGAUACGGAGCCUCACUCCUCCCGACAAGAUGGCGUCACGGACGCUCGCGGCGGGGCCCGCAGAGACAUGGACGCCGACGAUCAAAAUCAGGCCAGCACCGAGCUCUGCGUUGUGCAAUGAACACUAACAUGUCGUUGAUGGAUUGAUGGGGUUUUAAAUCUUAAAUUGGACUUUUAUCAUUUACCGGUACUGGAAAACACUCGUAUGUAUUUUAUUGAGUAAGUUCUCUCUCAUCAUUUGGGGAAAAUGCAAACCUCAUAUGUCUUUGGUCCUGAUGAAGGUGUACUACUCUACUGUUCACUUAUUUAUAGAAUUCUGUCCAUUUAGGGGAAAAACAAAAACUCACUGGUGUUUACUUUGUAUGUUGAUGGAGGAUUUCUUUCUUUUUAUUCACCCUUCAGCAACUUUGGAGAAUCUUUGUAGGGAAAGGGAAGCUGACAAUAUUGAAAUUCACCUACGAACUGCAAUUUUGAAAUGCAGUGUGUGACGAUGCACUUUUACAAAAAAA